UCUUUGGAACCUGUGUGAGUCAGACCACGGACGUCCAUGGUCAGACUCGAGAAAUAAAUUAUCUUUAUAACAUUUUGCAGCACGAUUAUUUAUAUCUUGGCUAACAAAUCUCGUUACCAUAAGGAAUCUACACUUGAAGUAAUUGCAGAGAACAAUUAGAAAGAGUGCACUCUGCAGGUAACAGAUGAAAUGAUGGGAUCAAGGGCAGGUUGGCCACAGGAUUUUAAGGCCAAUGAACUGAAGAUGAAGAACCGCAUCAAAGAGCUAGAAGGAGAAGUUGCCUGCUUGAAAAGACGGUUGGAUGAACUACGAAAGGCUAAAAACACGACCAUUUUGAAACGUGAGCGAGAAGUUAUUGAAGUUGGACUGCCUUUUGGGAAAAGGGAUUCACCUAUAACAGAGAAAGAGAAUGCUGAUAUAAAAAGGAAAUUGCAGCAACUUGAAAAUGAAAAUGCUCAUGAGAUUGAGGCUUUACAAAAGAAAUUUGAGGCAGAAAUAGGAGAUCUCAAGAAGAAUAGCAAGAAUCUUGAAUGCAAUCACAUGGAGGAGCUUCUUUUUCUCCGGAACCGAAAUGAAAGUCUGGAAAAUGAAAAUGUGGUACUUACAGCCCAAAACCAAGACCUAAUGGCUCGUGUGGAUUCACUGAUUACAGAACUUAGUGAGAAGGAAGCUCAUUGGUGUGACCUGGAAGAGAAUCUCAAUCUAAAGAUAAAGAUGUCAUGGGGAGAGAAAUACAAAGAAUGGAUGGAUGCUACCGAAGCAAAAAUUGAAGAGCUUCAAAAAACAAAUCAGCUAUUGAGGACAUAUCUAAAAAAAUCAAAGCCACAAAGUUCAGAGCUGACAGGCCAGGAGCCAGACCUAGAUGCCCUGUGACUGACAAAAAUACCAAGAUAUCAUUGAACUUAGCACCCAGGAAAAAUUAAGUAUGGAAGAUCUUACCAACAAUGAAAAUAAUUCGCAUUACUAGAGGUUUUACAGCACUCCUAGUUUAAAACAACUCUCUUUAUACUCUUAUCUUCCUAAGAAUCCAUCUUAUAAAUACUUUUAUCAAUUUUAUUGUGAGAGAACCAACAUGAAAUCAGUCUUAUUAACUUCAGAACUACAUCCACAAUGUCCUGGAAGAGAUGCCAAAACAAAAAAGGAAAGAAGUUUCAACUUAAGGAAAUUAUGAAGUUUUGGCAAUUGUAUCACCAUCAGUGAAAGAUUUUCUUCAUAGUUUUCAAAAUGGUCAGGUCUGCAUCAUGGAUAUGCUACACCGGAUAUCAAGAGAAAGAUGCCACCAGCCAGCAGAACAGCACUUCUUAGCAUUUGAUUCUAUAGUAUGUGUGUGCCUUUAUUGUUUGUCAACAAAAGUAUUUUUAUUUUUCAUGUGAAUGAAACAUUUUACAUUUCAAGAACAUUCCUUAUUUGUCCUUUUGUCAAAUACCAGAAUCAGAUCUUUAUAUUUUAUACCUAAAUUAAAAAAAUAUAUAUGUGAACAGUCUUGUAGAUGUAGCCUAUUGCCUUACAUUGGUCUGUGUGUAUGUUCAUACACAAGUAUGUUGGAGGGAGGUAUAAAGUUCACAGGGAUGUCCAUUUUAUAAUAGGCUUAUUCAUGGCCAUUGUCAGUUGUCAUUGUUGAAUCAAUUCCCAUGACUUUGAUGCCCUACCUGGGACGUUAUGUCUGGGCUGGACUACAAGAGGCCAUGAAUAUAUCAUUAUGGCUGUGGUUUUCAGAUUUAUCUGGCCUGGGUAGGCUAAUCUGUUGAAUAAAUGUGCUUCAUGAGUACAAGCCCAAAACAAGCAAGCAGUGCCUUCUGCUUUUCACAAUUUCAAUAUUAUUUUCUUUUUCUACCAGCAAAGAGUGUGUAUUCGACUGGAUUUUGCACAAAAGGAAGUGAUAGUCUACAGAUGUUUCUUUGGCAUAGGCAAAUCUAGAGCGAUAUGCAGGCUCAGAAGCUUUAUUGCAAAUAGAUGUUAGAUGUCAACUUAUCUAACAUCUACUUGUUUGAGGCAUCCUAGAGGCUUUUCCUGCAUGAGGAAUGGUACUGUCGGUUUUAAAAUGAUCUUACCUGUAGCAUUUUCUAUGCUUUUAUUAAAAGAUUGACAUGAUUAUAAGAGUUUCAUGAGUGGAGUUUAGGGCUUUAGAUAUGACCAUUAUAUACCAUUUUUGCGUGGUGUCUCUUAAGUGUUAGCUCUUGACUGAGAGAAAAACUUGUUUGAGGUUAUAUUGCUAACACAUCACCAUGCCUCUGGUAGGUGCAGUAUCAAAGCAAACUGCUCUGUCUUCCUCAGCCAGUGCACAAAUAUGAAUGUUAUGUGCAUGUGAUAUUAGUCAAAAUCUGUGAUUAAAAUUUAUUUCUCUUACCAGUCA